CCCACCUCCAAUAAUACCUCCUCCAUGCACGUAUCUUCACCCAUGCAAAGUCACCCUUCCACGCCAACAUCACACUCCAUGCAAACUUCUCCUCCCGUUCCACCUAUUCCUCCUCGACGUAUAGUCACCCGGUCCAUGAACAAUAUUUCUCGUCCCGUCAAGAAACUCAAUCUCAACACUACUGUCUCUUCCGUGUCGCCUGAACCCCGUACAGUAAAGGAAGCUCUAUCUGACCCCAACUGGCGUCAUGCUAUGUCCGAUGAAUUUAAUGCCCUUAUUAAAAAUGGUACUUGGACGUUAGUUCCACGUACUGGUCGAGAAAAUAUCAUUGGCUGCAAGUGGGUAUUUCGCACCAAACGCCUGCCUAAUGGUAAUAUUGACAGAUAUAAGGCGCGGCUUGUAGCUAAGGGCUUUCACCAACGUCCGGGAGUGGAUUAUACGGAAACUUUCAGCCCUGUUAUCAAACCAACUACUAUCCGGUUGGUUCUUUCCUUGGCCGUCAGUCGCGGUUGGCUGCUCCGCCAAAUUGACGUUAAUAAUGCCUUUUUGCAGGGUAAUUUGUAUGAUGAAGUCUUUAUGCUCCAACCUCCGGGAUUUGUUGAUCCUAAUAAGCCUACUCAUCUAUGUAGGCUUCACAAAGCUCUUUAUGGUCUCAAGCAGGCACCACGGGCGUGGUAUCAAGAACUCAAACAUUUUCUUCUUCAGCUUGGAUUUGUCAACUCUAGAGCCGACACUUCACUGUUUAUUUAUCAUCAUCAUAAUCAUCUUAUUUAUAUACUUGUUUAUGUUGAUGACAUAGUAAUUACUGGGAGCUCUUCAGAUUUCAUUGAAGCAUUGAUUCGUGAUCUUGGCAGCCGAUUCUCACUUAAGGAUCUUGGUGCACUAUCUUUUUUUCUAGGAAUUGAGGUUAUUCCUCAUCGUGAUGGCAUUCUUUUAUCUCAGCAACGUUAUAUUUUGGAUCUCCUUUCUCGUACCAAGAUGUCUGCAUGCAAUGGUGUGAGUACUCCAUUAGCUUCCACUGCCAAACUCAGUCUUACCUCAGGUCAACCACUUGAUGAUCCGGAAGAGUAUCGAUCUGUUGUUGGCAGUCUUCAAUAUCUCGCCCUCACACGACCUGAUGUAUCUUAUGCGGUGAAUAAAUUGUCCCAAUUUCUUCAUCGCCCUACUACCGAGCACUGGGAAGCUACCAAACGGGUUCUACGCUACCUCCGUCACACUGUUGACCACGGUCUUCUGCUGCGCCGUUCCUCCGCUCUCUCCCUACAUGCAUAUUCUGAUGCCGAUUGGGCUGGCAAUCCUGAUGAUUACACCUCCACUGGAGCCUUUGUUAUUUUUCUUGGUCCUAAUGCUAUCUCAUGGAGCUCACGCAAGCAACGUACAGUGGCACGGUCAUCCACUGAGGCUGAGUACCGUUCUGUGGCUACUACUGCGGCUGAACUUCGCUGGAUUUUAUCUCUUCU